CUCUGCUCUACACACACAGAGUAUAUCGUAGAUUAUUCUUUUGGGGGAUUGCAACACACGCCUGCCACUCUGGAUCAAGAAAACGGGACCCUCGUGUCCGGGUGGAGUAAUACUCUCAAGCCAAAGUCAAUGCCUUCGGCGCUGGCCGUGUUCACCUGCCGACCCAACUCGCAUCCCUUCCAGGAGCGGCAUGUGUACCUGGAGGAGCCGGUCAAGAUCGGCAGGUCGGUGGCUCGGUGUCGGCCGGCCCAGAACAACGCCACCUUCGACUGCAAGGUGCUGUCCAGGAAUCAUGCCCUUGUUUGGUUCGACCACAAGACCGGCAAGUUCUACCUGCAGGACACGAAGAGCAGCAACGGGACAUUCAUCAACAGCCAGAGGUUGAGUCGUGGCUCAGAGGAGAGUCCAGCCUGCGAGGUCCUCUCUGGAGACAUCAUUCAGUUUGGUGUGGACGUCACUGAGAACACGCGCAAAGUCACCCAUGGCUGCAUUGUGUCAACAAUCAAGCUCUUCUUACCCGAUGGGAUGGAGGCACGCCGGCGAAGCGAUGUCAUCCAGGCUCCGCUACCACUACCUGUAGACCAGAUUGCAGCCAACACUCCCAGUAUGUAUUCUCAGGAACUGUUCCAGCUCUCCCAGUAUCUGCAGGAGGCCUUACACAGAGAGCAGAUGUUGGAGCAGAAGCUCGCCACUUUGCAGCGUCUGCUCUCCUCCACCCAGGAAGCCUCAGAGAGCAGCUGGCAGGCACUGAUAGAUGAGGACCGUCUGCUCUCCAGACUGGAAGUGAUGGGCAGUCAGCUACAGGCUUACUCUAAGUCCCAGACGGAGGAGGGCAUCCGUAAGGAGCUCUUGGCUCUUCAGGAAGACAAACACAACUACGAGACGACAGCCAAGGAGUCUCUGAGGAGAGUCCUGCAGGAGAAAAUCGAAGUUGUCAGGAAGCUGUCAGAGGUGGAGCGUUCACUCAGUAACACGGAGGAUGAGUGCACCCACCUGAAGGAGAUGUCUGAGAGGAGCCAGGAGGAGCUGAGGGAGCUCGCCAACAAGUACAACGCCGCCGUCAACGAGAUGAAAGAGCUCACAGACAAAAUCAAGGCGGCCGAGGGCCGGCAGGAGGAGCUGACCCAGCGGGGGGCCACGGAGAAGAGGGAGUUGGAGCUGCGGAUUGAGGAGAUGGAGGAGAAGGAGCAGGUUCUCCAGGCUCGCAUCGAGGCUCUGCAGGCCGAUAACGACUUCAGCAACGAGAGGCUCGCUGCUCUGCAGGUGCGGUUAGAACAGCUACAAGAGAAAAGCAUAAAAGAGAACAACAGCCUGGAUGUGGACAUUGACUCCCUGGGACCCGUAGAGGAGCCUGUGGAGGACAAACAGAGCCAGGAGACACCUGAGAGCCACGAGGAAGACGAGGAUGAGGACGAUACAGACACCGAUGAUGGUGCUGUCGGUGAAGAUGAAGAUAUUGAUGACAACUGUCAUGUUAACAACAGCGGAGGAGACUCGACUAGAAUCCAACAGUUGAUUGAGUGUUCGCCGGUGAAACAGCUGAAGGAGACUGUUAGUUCUUCAAUCCACAAACUGGCCAACUUUGAUGAAGUUUUGGACGCACACCUACAGAACAACCAGACAGGAGAGGACGACAUCCUGGCCAGCCCCGAUCGACUCAAAGGGAAUCAGAUGGAUGCCAAAGAGUCAGACAUGUCAGACACUCUGAGUCCGAGCAAAGAUCGCAGCAGUGACGACACGUCAGACGGCAACAUGGACGACCAGGAUCUGAAUGAACCACAGAACAGAGUAGCUCUGCUCAAAGCGGAGUUGCAUCGGGUUGGUCUUGAGCCUGGAGACACGGAGCAGGUCAUCCACCAUCUCCACAGAGAGCUUCUGGAGGCCCAGGAACUAGCCAACACCGGCAAGCAGAAAUGUCAGGAGCUACAAGCUCUGCUGGAGGAGGAGAGGAGGAGUAACUCUCAGAUGACUGAAGAGUCGACCAAACAGAUCCAGUACCUGCAGACUCAGCUCGGGAAGCUGCAGGCCGACAUGGAGGCUUUGAGGGAGCAGAGGGAGAGCACCAUCUGCAGCACCAGAGAAGAGCUCUACUCCGCCCAGGAGGAGAUCAUCGUUCUGCGGCACGCCAUGGAGGCAGCCACGGCGGAGCGGGAGCGGGACAUCGCCGCCCUGCAGGCCGACCUGGGCGGUGUGCGCGUUGAGCUGGACCACUGGAAGAACACUGCCGCCAAGUACGAGGAGGAGAUCAGUCGACUUCAGGAAGCCUUCACACAGCAGCAGAAACAGCAGAACACUGCCAACCAGCUGCAGGUGGAGUGUGGUACGUUGCAGAAGCGCUGUGUGUGUUUGCAGCAGGACUGUGACGGCCUGAAAGAUGAGAGGAAAUCUCUCACAGACAAACUGCACCACCUGGAGGCUGAGCUGAGCAGCACCAGGGAGCAGAGUGUGGUCCUCAGCAGCAGUCUGGAGUCCCUGGAGAAGAGGGAGGAGGUUCUGCAGGACAAACUGGGUUCUCUGGAGAACCAGCACCUGCAGGACGCAGGCCGGCUGAAGAGCCAGCUGGACCAGGCCCAGGCCCGCACACACACACUGCAGACAGAGUAUGAAGACACACAGUCUCAGCUGUUGGACCUCCGUCAGCGCUAUGAGCGAACAGAGCAGGAGAAGCUGAACAUCCACCAGGAGCUGGAGCAGUGCAAGAGCAGCCUGAAGCUCCUGCAGGACAAAGCCAGCUCCAGCGGCUGGAGCCCCUGGAUGCCGGUCAUCGCAGUGAUGGUCGCCGUGACGGCAGCCGUCCUCUACCCCAACCUCUCCAAGAGCAGCUCCACCUAGGACACAUGAACACAGACACACACACACACACACACAGGGCGCUGUGCGGAGAGCAUCACUGCUUUACUUGUAUAAAGUUAAAUUGUACAUAAUUGUAGAGGGAAUAUAAAGGUUGUGGUUUCUACAGAAGAUUCAGAAGCUUCUCGGUUUAUUUUGUUGUUUGUUUUUUUUUUUUGUUGGGGUUCUGUUUUGUUUUUUUUAGUUUGUUGGUUUUUCUGCAAGCGGGAGUUUCGUUGUCGUCUUUUAUUCUCGGCUCUCUCCGCUGUGGUGGGGGCUUUUAUUUUUUGGUUUUCGUCUUUCUGCUGAUUUCUAGGUAACAAAUCGUUCUCCAGCAGAUCUGAGCUUCCACAGAACCUUCCUGAGGCUGCGUUCACACACACACGCUCGCCCGCCCGUUUGCAAACGGAACAGGGUGGAGGAACCAAACACUUCCCAGCGGCCUCGGGCAGUCGAGUGGAACCACAUCCACAUUUACCUCUGAAAACCGGUUCAUUGGCUCUCAGCCGUUCAGCUGCAGCUCUGCCUGUUUCAUCAACACUGUCAUACUUUAAUAUUCAGUCGCUUCACACAUUUUUUUUUAACAGCUUUAUAUGUUGACAUCAAAAAGGAGUUUUAAUAACUUUAAUAGUUCAUAUUGUCGAAACAGGGUGUGUAUUGAUACUAAAGUUGGUUUGUGUCAGAUCACAAAUCCACUGACACUGAGCCGCCAUCUUUUUAUUCACUAUUAAAAAGUCAAUCUGUAAAUAUCUGUCCCUUCCCCGUCAUCGGCUUCAGAUCAGAUUUGAGCUAAUAAAACAGAGUCUGGUGUUUCCAGACGUCUGGUUUCAUCUGAACGUUCUCACCGAACACAAAGAGGUCAAACUCACUGUCGUACGUGAUGAAGACGAGUUGGAGACGAAUCGUCCCGAGUCCGCUGGAAAGUGUUGGUCCCGUCGAGGCCGCUUCAGGAAGUCCAGCUCUGCUCGGGUUCCCGUCGGCCAUGUUGGAUGCUGAACGUGGCGUUUUCUGUUUUCUCUUUGUUUUGUUUGGGGAGUUUUUGGGGUCGGGGCUUAAACUUGAAGCCAAAUUAUCUAAAAAAAGAAAAAGUCAGAUUGAUUUUCUUUUUUGCCGACACAGUAAAAGGGGUCAAAGUGCCUCUGAUGUGACUUACUAACACCACAGUUUGUGUAUUUGUGCGGACAAACACUACCACACACACACACACACGUAGCGUCUUCGACUGUCUGAGGUGUGUUUGUUGUUUGGAGAGAAGAUGGACUCUGACCUUCCUUCUCCUGGGCUCAUGAACUCCACAGUGAAACGUGAUAACUGUCUCUUUAGGACCAUGUUGGUUCAGACUCAACAACUUCUGGAUUCCAAUUUGCUUCCUGAGGAUUAAUCCCAUUGACUUUUGUUGUAGCGCCACCAUCUGGUCAAGAUAUGUUCGAGUCCCACAUUUAAGUUCAUGACAGGAAAGCUGGUUGCGAUAAUAAUUAACUGUCGCUCACCUUAAUGCAUCGUGUUUGUGAAUCUUGAUGCUGCCACCUUUUAAUCCUACUGCCAAUUCGUCCUGGUGGUCAGUCACUGUACUGCACCACAAAGGUUUUCUGCACUACACUCUAUUCCCCAAAAAACGAGAGAAAUCUUUGGUUAAUGUGCGUUGAAAUAAAUUUUCAGUCAAGUGAGAAGCAGCCUCCUUCGAGCUCAGAGUUCAGGUUUAACUAUCGACCCACUGUGUUGAUCUUUAUCCCCCCUAAAACAUUUGCUUUCGAGAAUCUAGUUUAAAUCCUAGAUUUUCCUAAACCAAUGUUUGCCAUCGCUGCACAUCCUGGCACUUUACCACUGUCAGCUGUGGAUCAGCGGGGGACACUUCUCUGGCAGCAGAUGUGCGUCAUGUUUCCUCAUGUACACGCAAACCUGCAAAACCUUUGUUCCACAGAGCAAAUGGUGGCCAAACGGUGCAGGGUCCCUGAACGCAGCACAGAGUCCUGCUGAGUGUGAAGUCCACCAGUGAAGAGCUGAGUGACAUCACACCUCAUUCCCCUCCAAUCCAAGUCUUUCUAUUUAACGAUCCAAGACUUAAGUAAUUGAUAAUAAAUAUGAUAAUAUUCUUUUAAUUUCCUUGUGACAGCCUCAUGACUUAUUUUACACGUUUUGUGUCAUUUGUGGGAAACGAUAACAUCCAAGUCUCAAACUGGGAAAAACUCUAAACUCUAAAACCAGACCAGAAGUGCAUCAGACCAGUUGAAUGUUUUGAUCCUCACGUCUCCAUCUUCUCUUCAAACACAGUCACACACACUUCAGGCCUCUGCUGAGAUCAUGUGUGUGUCUGUGUGUGUGUGUCUGUGUGGGUGUGUGUGUCGUUCACACUCUGAACUCUUAAGCAGUGUUUGUCAUCAUCUGUGUACUCUGUCUUGUCUCCGUGUUUUAAAAAAAAGAUAAAUAAAUAAAGAGAGAGAGAGAGAAAAGACUACGAACAAAUAUUCCUGAUGUUUAAAGAGAAGAACACUACAGAACAGUACAGAGAGAGAAUUGUAAAAUAAAAAUGUUAUUGAAAUGACGUGCUACUAGACUUAUUUUGUUAAAAUUGUUUAGAGAUAUGAGAGGGAGCUGUGUAGAGGAUAUGAUUCAGAUGAUGUGUUUAAUAUGCAGAGCGAUGUUUGGAUUAAAGUUGUAGCAAGCUGACCCACCA